AACAACAAUAUAGGCUACUGUUCUAGUCGCGGUUGGUGUAAUAGGCGUAAUUGCUGUAUAUUUUUACCUUGCCCAUCUGGAGAAGAAGCGACUGGGUUAUUCGGUGCAUCCGUGGCGGCCAUGGAUAGUCAAGCUGAAAACCCGCUGGUCUCGAUCAAAGUAUGCCCGCGCACCUAACGACAACUCGGACGAGUCAGGCCGACGAAAUGGCGCGACUUCAAGUGAAAUGUCUCGAAGCUCACGACCUACAACUGGCGCCGGAACAACCAAUGGUGUUGACCGGAAUACGUCUAUACGCUCUAUCAUGACCCUUCCCGCCUAUGCCCCGGCUCCACGGCCUACCGAACAGAUCCUCGGACGAGAAGGUGACCGAGCCGGCAUUGAUGUAGUCGUCGAAUAUCCAGAGACGGCAGAAGAAGAAGAAACCCGCCGCGAGCAACAAAUGUCCUCACUCUACCAGAUCCGGCUUGCCCGCCGAGCUGAGGCCGCCGAGCGGGAAGCACAACGACGGCUCCGUCGAGAAGCCCGCUCACGAGGCGACAACACAACCCUGGAAGAAUUGCGAGUUCGAAGCCGACUACGUGCCGAAAGCGCCAGUUCUGUCGGCGGCAACGGCGGGCCAGGAGCCAGCACGACCAGCUUGAGCUCGGCGUCGCUGAUCCAGGAGCACGCCGCUCGAGAGCGGGAUCGGAGAAUCCCUUCUGUGAGCUACGCGGAUGUUGGUCUGGCGCGGCAUGACGGCAGCCGCGUGAGAGCAAACUCGAACGACUCAGACAGGCCACUGCUCACAUCUGUUGCCUCGACCGGUGCGCGAAGUAGAUCUGGAUCAAAUCUCGCAUGGCACGACCGCACGCGGUCCGCAACGUCCGUCUUGUCGUUAUCCACAACCAAUUCAGGAGGAAACGGGAACCGCCCGCCCAUGGGCGACCCCAACGGAUCCGACUUUGAGGAAAUUUCCUUGCAACCGACCUUGGCCAGCUCGCAUGGCACGCCACCUGAAAGCGACAUUGCCGAGGCUCGAAGCCUGAUACAUCCAGACGAGCAUCCCCCAGAGUAUGAGCAUGUUGAUUGGGGAGAUGCGCCUCCGUAUGAACAUGACAAUGAUCAUUUCCACGACAUUCGCACCAGUGAUGAUGUGGAUGGUGACGAUGACGAUGAGGAUACACCUCUUGGCACCGCCAGCAGGAGUGCUAGUGAUAGCAGCAGCAGCAGCAACCACCAUGAUACACAUCGAGAGUCGACAUCCCAGCCACCUGUUCUUCCUGCCUUGCAUACUCUACCCGCGAUUGAAAUCACGGGCACAACACCCGCAAGCUCGGCUCCCCCUACGCCAGUCUCACCUCAUUCUAGAGAACCGAGAGAAAUGUCAUAGUCCUUUUUAUCCAUUUUCCCUUUUCCCCUCUCUUCUUCUCCUUUUCCUUUUUCCCUCUCUGUCCUCCUCCUCUUUUAAUCCUUUCUUCUUCUUUUUCCUCUCAUGUUUCAUUUUCUAUUUCUCCUCGCCUUUUGGCCGCUUUGCAAGGUAUCGAGCGUCAUGUCCACUUUUGUUUUUGUCAUUCUUCUUCUUUUACUACUGUUCCUAUUACCCCUUUCAAAGUAAUUGUCAUGCCGUUUUCAUUUGAAUCACUUUCUUUUUUUUUGGUUUUACAUUUUUUUGGUUUUACAUUCUUGGGAAUCAAGCAGAGCUGGUAAAAACUUACCGCUAGCUAGUCGGGAAGAGCAUGUGGUGUUCUGGCGCUUCCCCUUUCGCUUUUCGUCUAUCAUUCUUUUCUUCGUUUGUUUUGUUGUGCGCAUUUCAUUCGUAAACCACAUCUUGUUUCUUUUUUUUUUUCUCUCCUCA